GCCGAAUUUGAAAUGAUGGUUGCGUCUUUUGUUGUUUUUGACGCUUUAGGAAUUGAAACAACUUUUGAUUUUAUGAAUACAGCUUUCUUUACAAGAUAUGCUCAGUUUUACUUUAAUGGACAUAAUAAAGAGGAAAAAGAAAAUUUUUACAAAUUUAUUCCCGGUUAG